CAUUUGCUGUCAUUUCUAAAUACACACAGUCACCGGAGAAGAAUCGCAUUUUUGUUUGUGCUAACCGCUGUGUUAAAAUUUUCAUAUAAUUCAAUAUAUAUAGCAACAUGGAUUUCUCACAAGACUAUGGUAUCCAUGAUAAUGCCGUCAGCACAGGUACCACCAUCAUGGCCGUGGAAUUCGAUGGAGGCGUAGUUAUUGGAGCUGACUCGCGCACUAGCACUGGCCUUUUCGUAGCCAAUCGUGUUACAGACAAAUUGACUCGCAUUACGGAUAAAAUCUAUUGCUGCCGCAGUGGUUCCGCUGCCGAUACACAGGCCAUUGCUGAUAUUGUCGCCUACUCUUUGAAUUAUCACGAAAAUCAGUCCGGUGAAGAGCCACUGGUAGCAGAAGCAGCAUCAGAAUUCCGCAAUUAUUGCUACAACUAUCGUGACAGCUUACUGGCUGGUAUUAUUGUUGCUGGUUGGGACAAACGUAAUGGGGGACAAGUGUAUUCUGUGCCACUGGGUGGCAUGUUGAAACGCGAGUCGGUGACAAUUGGCGGCUCGGGUUCAAGCUAUAUCUAUGGCUUUGUGCGUGAAGCUUACCGCCCUCAAAUGAGCAAAGAAGAUUGUGUGGCUUUUGUAGUGAAAGCUGUGAAACAUGCCAUCUACCAUGAUGGUAGCUCAGGUGGUGUGGUACGUGUUGGCAUUAUCACAGAGGAUGGCAUCGAACGGAGAGUGUUCUUCAAUACAGAGUCUGGUAAUCCAAUUGAAAUCGGCAAUUAAAGAGUACUUUUUUUCGAUAAUAAAUGAUUUACUAACAAAGGAUUUUUACAAAUGUGUUAUUACAAAUAAAUAUUUGCGAAAAAAACGUAAGAA